CCCGUUGUACAUCCUCCUCCCUUUGUCCCACCUGUGACUGGGGUAUCCCCAUAUACAGCUCCAACAUCGGUCUAGACCGUUUCCCUAGGCAUGCCAUUAGCAGGAGGGUUCUCAGCAUGUGCUAGUUUACAGGUUCCUGUACAGACAAUGUUCACCCAACCUUCGUCGCAGGUUGCCGUAAGUGUGCAGCAUGCUGUCUCGCAGCCUGUACAACCGCAGGGUACACAACCCCUGCAGUCAGUGCAACAACCUAUAUCACAGGGCCCACAUCCUGGAGUGAUGUCGGGACCGGGACAAAGUGAGUGGGUACCAAAGACGACCAUCACCGCUCCUAAACCCUUCACAGGGGAUAAGAGGGGCGAAGACCUCGACACGUGGUUGAGGGCAGUGCCGGUUUAUGUCAAAUGUAAACUUACCUUGCCGCACGAGGAAGUGCUUGUGGCUGCCUCCUAUCUAGAGGGGAGUGCAGCACGAUGGUUGAGUGGUUUAGUGCAACUACAGGGGUACGGUCAUGACUUUCGCGCUUGGGCAGCCCACCAGAAACAGGAGGACUUUCUCAAGAUGGUGGAAGACAGGUGGCAUGAUCCUCAGGAGGCUCAAAAAGCUACUGACGCGAUCCGCACACUGCACACGAGGCAGUUCAAGUCAGUAAGGGAAGCCACUGACGCUGUAGAGCGUCUGAUCUGUGUCCCUGGGGUGCGCUAUGACCCCGAGGUCUUACUCACCUCCUACCUGAGAUGCUUUCCCAUGCCUCUCAAGAAUCAGUUGGCAGGUGAGGCCAACAUCAAUAUGCACAACUUUCCCUCGUUUAGUAAGAAAGCCCUAGACCUGGAGGCAAAGAUAGGGCAUGGACAUAAUCCCACGAUGGAUGGUAGGAAGAAGUCACUGCCUCCCAAUUGGAAGGCAAAGGGCCGUAUUAUGUUCGUCGACAACGAUGGUUCCUCCAUCGAGUUGGACGACGAGUUCCAGGCGGGAGUUGGUUCAGAGGCAGGCAGCGUAGAAGCUUCAGAGGGUGGAGUAGUCGCUGUCGUAGCUCAGAAAGGAAAGGCGACCGGUAGACGCCGAGGAGGUUCCCGGUCAAGGAGUCAAGUUGACCCCAAUGCUCCUCCAUGGGAGAAAGCGGGUCUCACUGAGGACGUGUGGAAAGACCGGUACACCCGACAAGCUUGCAUUCGUUGUGGCCAAUAUGACCAUAACCAAUUCAAGUGCCGUAACAAAAAGGUGACCGAGAAGAUCCCACCUACGGUGGGGCAGGCGACUGUUGAGGAGCACGUUGCACACUUGGACAAAGUCCUUAGUCUUCUGCGACAACACAAGUUCAAGAUUAACGGUGAGAAGUGCGAGUUUGGCCGCACUCGUGUUUUGUACUUGGGUCAUGAGAUUUCCGCGGAUGGAUUAAAGCUCGAUGACGCGAAGGUGGUCAGCAUUCGUGACUGGCCGUGUCCUCAGUCUGUGACUGAGAUGAGGUCUUUCUUAGGGAUGACUGACUACUAUCGCGAUUUUGUGAAGAACUAUAGCAUAGUUGCCGCCCCUUUGACUGACCUCACCCGCCUUGACACCCCAUGGGAGUGGACACACAGGUGCGAGGCUGCUUUCAGGCAUCUGAAGCAUGCGUUGACGCAUCAUGAGGUCUUGAAACUUCCUGAUCCUGACAAGCCAUUUAUAGUAACUACGGAUGCUAGCCAAUAUGGCAUAGGCGCCGUACUUGCACAACACGAGGGGAAAAAGUUGAGGCCAGUUGAGUACAUGUCCAAGAAAAUGCCGUCUCAGAAGUUGGCCAAGUCCACCUCUGAGAAGGACCUCUAUGCGGUUUACAAGGCUCUGACCUAUUGGAGGCACUAUUUCCUUGGGAGGUUCUUCAUCCUCAGGACUGAUCAUCAGACUUUGAGAUGGAUGAGAACUCAGUCGGUGCUCUCUGACGCUUUGAAGCGUUGGAUCGAAGUCAUUGAGCAGUAUGACUUUGACCCGCAGUGCUUGAAAGGGGAGUACAAUAAGGUUGUUGAUGCCUUGUCGCGUAGACCUGAUUUCUCAGGUGCGCUGAUUACCGAGUUCGAUCUUACGGACGACCUUACUCGCUCUUUGGUGGAAGCCCAUCGCGAGGAUCAGUUCAUGUCUGAGAUCAUACGCAGAUUUGAGGCGAAGGAUAAAAAAACUUCUGCCAAGUUUGAGUUGGUCAACGACUUGCUGUUCCUUGAGAAGGCAGGGAAUAAACGAUUGUGUGUCCCAAAUAGAGAGUCUUUGCGUAGUUUAUUUUUAGGUAAGUGUCAUGAUGCCACCGACCAUUUUGGCUAUAAAAAGACAGCAGCCAAUCUGCUGCAGCGGUUCUGGUGGCCCACGAUGAUGCGAGAUGCCCAACUGUACGUGGAGACCUAUCAGGUAUGUCAGAGAGACAAGCCACGUUCUCAGGCUCCUCUUGGGCUCCAGAAGCCCCUUCUGAUUCCGGAAAGGCCUGGUGAGAGUUUGUCCAUGGACUUCAUGGAUACGCUGAUCACCAGCAAGAGCGGGAUGAGACAUAUCUUUGUCAUCGUGGACAGAUUUAGUAAAUAUGCUAGGUUGAUAGCCACGCCGGAGACAGCGAAAACCGAGUACGUUAUCAGACUGUUCAAAGAGAACUUGAUGACUUCGGGUAAUCACCCCGAGGCCAAUGGUCAGGCCGAACAAUUGAAUCGCGCUGUCCAACACCUCUUGCGGCAUUACAUCAAGCCCAAUCUGGUCGACUGGGACGAGAAGCUUGCUCUCAUCGCCAGUCUGUAUAACAAUGCUGUGCACAGCGCCACCGGAGUGAGCCCUAACAGUCUGCUACUGACCUUCAAACCUAGACUGCCUCUAGACUUCUUACUACCUGAAAAUCAGUCAUCUGCUGCACCCAAUACUUCAGAAUUUGCAUACCGAUAUGAGCAGAAGAUGCAGCAGGCAGUGGAACAAAUGCAGAAGGCUCAGGCGGCAAUGAUAGAAUCUGAGAACAAACAUCGCCGCCCGUCUGCAUUUCAGGUUGGGGACAGAGUCUGGGUUAAGUCCUCAGAACUGGGACAGGAGCACGGGAUUUCCCACAAGCUCAUGCCUCAGUACUUUGGGCCGUGGGAGGUCUUAGACAUUGUCGGGACUGAUCCGGAUGGGCCGUCUUAUGUAAUCCGGAUCCCUGGUCAUCUCCGCACUUAUCCUGUCUUUCAUGCCUCCAAACUUGCACCUUUCAAGCAAACAGACCAGUUUCCUUCUCGCCGCUCAAUGCUGCCCCCAACCAUGGAUGGAGAAGUGGACAUUGAUGAUAUCGUGGAUCACAGGGAGCUGCCAGUUCCAAGACCAACAGGCAGGGGACGUCCUCCGAAACCGAAGCUGCAAUACCGCGUUCGGUUCCGGCAUCAUAUUGAUCCAAAGGAGGACCGCUGGUUCACCCGGGAGGAACUCAUGCAGACCGCUCCUCAAGUCAUAGCCCAAUACGAGAAAUCUCUGCAGAAGGGGAAGCGCCAGAUCAUUGAAGACUGAACUUCUCAGAGGACUAUAGAAGUUAUGAAGGAGGGAAUGCGAGGCUUAAGCCCCGAUGAGCU